AUGUGGCCUUUCCUGAGCCGCGCGCUCUUCCCCCCGCCCACCGAGGCCUGGCUCCAGAUGGUCUCCUCGGACCCCGAGGCUCAGGGCUGGGGGGCCUGGGGCAGGACUGAGAAGACCCCAGCGGGGCCAGGUGGGGGGCAGCGGGAGGGGAAGGAAGGGGACGUGGAGGACGACGCUGGCUUCCUGCUGUCUCUGUUGGAGCCGGAGCACCUGGCCGAGUGCCCGGUGCCUGACCAGGAGCUGGAGGCCAUCAAGCUGAAGCUGUGGGCCAUGGAGCGGGCGGAGGACACCCCAGAGCUGCCCAGAGCACGGGGCGAGGCCGGGCAGGAGGAGGGCGUCAGGGCCGUGCUGGCCUGCCAGCCACCGGGCACCAAGACCUCAGGCUGCCCCUUCCCCGGAGCCCCCAAAGAGAAGGUGGAGGCUGACCACAGAUCCAUCUAUGUAGGCAACGUAGACUACGGGGGCACGGCCGAGGAGCUGGAGGCCUACUUCAACCACUGUGGGGAGAUCCACCGUGUGACCAUCCUGUGUGACAAGUUCUCCGGACACCCCAAAGGCUAUGCCUACAUAGAGUUUGCCACCAAGAGCUCGGCCCAGGCUGCCGUGGAGCUGGACGAAAGCAUCUUCCGAGGCCGGGUCAUCAAGGUGCUGCCCAAAAGGACCAACUUCCCUGGGAUCAGCUCCACAGACCGCGGGGGCCUGCGGCUGCACCCCGGCUCCAGGGCUGCGCCCUUCCCCCGCGGCAGCCUCCAGGGCAGGCCCCCCCGCUUCAGACCCCGCGGGCAGAGCCGGGGCCGGGGGAGAGCGGCAUCGUGGUUCGUGCCGUACUGA